AUGCCUGCUCAAGCAAUUCAUGUCAUAGACAAUUCUAAUUCUUCUCUUUCACCAAAAAGGCUAGAAGGAAAAGUUGCUAUUGUGACAGGUGGUGCCAGAGGAAUCGGAGAAGCAACGGUGAGACUCUUCGUGAAAAAUGGAGCAAAAGUAGUCAUUGCUGACAUUGAAGACGCUUCUGGUACUGCCUUAGCCAACGAAUUGUCCCCUUCAGCAAUCUAUUUACAUUGCGACGUGAGCUUGGAAAACGACAUCGAAAACUUGAUCAAUCUAACAGUCUCGCAUUACGAUCGACUAGACAUUCUUUUCAACAACGCCGGAGUUCUCGGACAACAAUCAAGAACCAAAAAGAGCAUCCUCAAUCUCGAUGUUGACGAACUCGACAACGUUAUGCGAAUCAACGUUAGAGGAGCUGCAUUGGGAAUAAAGCACGCCGCGAGAGUCAUGGUCCCUAGAAGAAAUGGAUGCAUCAUUUCGACGGCGAGCGUAGCCGGGAUCAUGGGAGGGCUUGGUCCUCAUGCUUAUACAGCAUCCAAACAUGCCAUUGUGGGGAUAACGAAGAACACGGCUUGUGAGCUCGGAAAGUAUGGGAUUAGGGUUAAUUGUAUCUCUCCUUUUGGAGUGGCCACUUCCAUGUUAACUGAUGCAUGGAAGAGUAGUCGUGGUCAUGAUGUUGAGCAUGGUGGUGAUGGAGAUGUAGAGAAGAUGGAAGAAGUAGUGAGAGGAAUGGCCAAUCUGAAAGGUUGUACGCUAAAAGCUAAAGAUAUUGCUGAAGCUGCUUUAUAUCUUGCAAGUGAUGAAUCCAAGUAUGUGAGUGGUCAUAACCUAGUUGUGGAUGGAGGCUAUACUACAUCCAAAAACUGUGUUGGCUUAUAG